AUGCCUCACGUCGACAUCUUGCUCAACCAGUUGCAGAAGAGAAAAACCGAGCCAGUGCAAGUUAAAAUGGCUAUCGAUAAUUUUGAAAAAUGUAUUGUCGAUGUGAGAAAUAAAAUUGAUGACAUAAUAAAUGAAGCCAAAAGUAAUUGCACUCUAACCCCAAGGCAACAAAAGGAGAUGACAGCGUCAAUGUGCUUAAACACUAGAAACAAGAGAAUGCUGGUACAACCAGCUCACAACACAUCUACAUAUAACAGAUGCUACAAUGUUGCUCAAUUAUUCCUAUCAUGCCCUGGAAAACAGCAAAGCAGUGCGGAGCAGACUGGAAAUGCUGCAAACGUCAAGCGGCAGAACAGCAAAGCUCCAAGGUGUACAGACUACAGACUGCGGAAAAACUUCGAAAGAAAUACAAAACGAUCUACUGGAUUGUAUUGUCAUGAAGAAAUAAUAAAACAGAUUAACAGAGCCUCGUAUUUGGCGAUAAUUGCAGAUGAAACAACGGACAUUUCGGGGAAAACCCAACUGGUAACAAUUUUCAGAUGCGUAUUUAACGGCGAACGUCCUCACACCGCUAACAGUUUUGAGCGCUCAAUGGCACAGUCUCUGGCUGCGCAGGAUGAGGCUGAGCUGUGGUUUUGCUCCAAUAAGCUGUUGCUAAAUAAAGAUAAGACAAAGAGAAUGGUGUUCUCCAUGCGAAGCCUGCCUGGAGACAGUGAUUUGGUUGGUGAAGCCAAGUUUCUGGGGGUUACUUUGGACCCAAGAUUGCAAUGGGGCCUUCACAUUGACAGUGUUGCUGGAAAGGCCACCAAAGAAGAGAAAACCGAGCCAGCGCAAGUUAAAACCGCUAUCGAUAAUUUUGAAAAAUGUAUUGUCGAUGUGAGAAAUAAAAUUGAUGGCAUAAUAAAUGGAGCCAAAAGUAUUUGCACUGAGCCCCAAGGCAACAAAAGGAGACGACGUAAUAAUAGCAGUCACGGUCACCGAGUUGCCGCAUUAGAAGUAUGCGGCAAUAUAGUGGAUUCUGCAAAUGACAGGUUAAACGUUCAUGACACGGAAGGGAGCUUACUAAAUAGAAAGGAAAUACCCAUUAGCGAUAUUUCCUCGUUCAGAUCUGGGCCGUUUCUACAUGGAAGUAGCGUUGGUGGCAUGACCAAGGGUAUUUAA